UGGAAUAGAGUGAGAACAACUGAUUGAAUUCUGACGUGCAGUCGUUUAUUUCAUUGCUCACCAUUUUUAGGUAGGGCCUCUUAGUGCAUUUAAGCGUGGAGAUAAUAUUAUUAAAGUGCUUUCUAAGCACUUUUCCGGCUUAUUUAGUCACCCACUGGCGCGCGUGCCUGUGUGAGUGACGUCAUAGUCCUUGGUAACCCUCCGCCGCGGCGUCUCCACGACACAAGACAACAAGAUGGGAUUGCUGUCAAUCCUGCGCAAACUGAAGAGCACACCGGACCAGGAGGUGAGGAUACUGCUGCUGGGGCUGGACAACGGCGGAAAGACCACCCUGCUCAAGCAGCUGGCCUCCGAGGACAUCAGCCACAUCACUCCCACACAGGGCUUCAACAUCAAAAGCGUACAGUCGCAAGGCUUUAAGCUCAACGUGUGGGACAUCGGCGGCCAGAGGAAGAUCAGGCCCUACUGGAGGAACUACUUUGAAAACACUGACGUGCUCAUUUACGUCAUUGACAGCGCUGACAGGAAGAGAUUUGAGGAGACGGGGCAGGAGCUGGCCGAGCUGCUGGACGAGGAGAAGCUGAGCGGCGUGCCCGUGCUGAUCUUUGCCAACAAGCAGGACCUCCUGACGGCAGCGCCGGCAUCCGAGAUCGCUGAAGGACUCAACCUUCACACCAUCCGCGACCGCAUCUGGCAAAUCCAGUCAUGCUCCGCCCUCACCGGCGAGGGCAUCCAGGAUGGCAUGAACUGGGUGUGCAAGAGCGUCAACUCCAAGAAGAAGUAGCUUGGCUUUUCAGUCAUCUUCUCCUCAGGAGGGGAGGGACGUGCGACGACACCUCCUGAGCCUUAAAACACUCCGGGGUACACUUGUGAAUGUACACGCACGCACACUACUAAUCCAAAAUGGAGGUUUUGACAUAACUGCUGCAUUCCUUCCCCAUCGUUCCACUUUGACCACGAGCGUUCCCGUCGAACUGCUGUCUUUCAAAAGGAACUCCCGCCUGAUUAUAGGCUCAAAGUGUGUCAUGAUUAAUCGUUCCACACACACACUUUCAUGGCUCUGUUUGACGUGCGGUCUUCUAUUUUUGUGUUUUAUUUAUGGCAGGCAGGAGUGAAGUAGAGUGUACCCCAAACCCACUAAAGAAUGAUACUGUACAUGUUAUGUAUAAAAAGAAGCGUGCAGGAUUAGGAGUUUUUAAAUCCACUGUAAAUAGCGUGGGACCUCGCCCCCAUUGCCCCCCCCCACCCUUCUCCACAGCGUUGGUAUGUUUUAUGCACAUGACUCUGCUUUUUUUGUAGUCCCCGUAGCACUUCUGCGACACUUUUUCGGGUUAGAUUGCUUUUGAUAUUCCCGAAUGUGAUCUGUGCAGAAGUGAAAGUACUGUAUGUGAAUAAAA